AUGGUUGCAGCGAGGGGUGUAGCGCUGCUUCUCCUCCCAGUCCUAACGCUUGCUAACAUCGAAGUAGAUAUCACAGCAUCAGACGAAGCUUCGCAACAGAACCUGCUAAUUUCAGGGGCCAAUGAAGCCAUAAUCAGCGACUUAGAAGUCCAAACAUUCCAAUUAACCGAAGAAAAUUUGAAAAAAUCUGUCGAAAACUAUUUUGGACAUAAACCGGACGACGUAUACCUCAAAAGUCCUACUCCGUGGGGCGAUCUGUAUGUUACUUACAAAUGGAAACAAGUUAACAGACUCCUGAAACCUCUCGGAGCGAAAAUUUUGUCCGUCGAGUUUAAACCGUUUCUCGUUUUGAGUCAGUCUUUUAAUAAUACGAGUUUGAAGCCGUCUUUGUUUAAGGCGCAGCUGUCGCAAAACGUCGAAAACACAAUAGCUUCUAGUUGGGAGAAAUAUAGCGAGAUAUCGGCCUCGCAGGAUAUCAAAUACGGUUUUGACAUCAAAGCUAUGGGGGUGUCGGGGAAGGCGACCUUUUACUUGUACUCAAAAUGGGGGGAGCGGUUCUUGAAGUUUCAAACUGUGACAGUUGGGUCUCAGAGCGGGCUCGACAUCUCCCUACAACCUGGCCAAAGUGCGAUCGCAGAACUCAUAGCAACUCGAGGAGUCAUGAAAAUCCAAAUUAACUACGCAGCCAGUCUAACAGGAAUCGUGGCGGUCAACUUCGCGGACUUGUACAAGGGUCAUCAUUUCUGGUCGUUGGAUGUGAACAAAAUGUUAACAGCCGGAGGUCUCAAUAAAACGGUUUUGUCGAGUGAACUCAUUGAUUUUGCUUUCUACGUCAAAUCUCGCGUUGACCUCUGGGAUUUGGAUACAAAUGAAACACUAGCCUCCGUGCCUCUCAUGGUUUUUAAUCAAUUUUAA